AAAGGAAUCUGGCAUUCUUUUCUACUUCUGUCAGCAAAAGAAGACAAACUUCCAAGAAAUAUCUACAUCCCAGAGUUGUCAUUGAAAAGUCUCUUUGAGAAAUAUGUCUUCAUUGGACUUCAUGAGAAAAUGGAUCAGCUGCCCAAGUUAGUCCAGUGGCUCAUCUCAAUUGGUGCAUGUAUUGAGACUAUAGGACCGUACCCGCUUCAUGCCCUCAUACGACUCUGUAUCCAAGCCAGGGAAACCCAUCUUUUCAGGUGGCUCAUGGAUCACAAGCCGGAAUGGAAAGGCUGCAUCAACCAGAAGGACGAGGAUGGCUGCACCAUCCUGCAUAUGAUGGCCACCCAUUCCCCGGGGCAUCUCCACAAGCGACAUACAGAGGGUAUACAGCUGCUUCUGCGCUUUGGGGCAGACCCUACCCUGCUAGAUGGACAGUCCCUCUCCGUUGUGGAUAUCCUGAAGAAGAAUAAAAACUUUAAAGCCAUUGAGAAAAUCAACUCUCACUUGGAGAAGCUAGCUGCAUGUUCUAAGGACCUUUCAGGAUUGAGCAAUUGUGACGGACCUGCCAGUGAGAGUGACCCUUUCCGGAAGGCUGCAGAUCAUUUGGUGAAGUAUUUAAACUCAGGAAACUGGUUAUUGUCUAAAAACUUUCAGAAGCAUGAAGUGGUUCAGAAGUUCUUGCACCUACUUUCUUCCUUGCAAGAAAUUCCUCCUGAUCUGAUUUGUGACAUUAAUUAUGACUGUGCCAACGCCUUCAUCAAGUUCUUACUAGAAAGACAGAAGUGGCCAGAAGUGCUUCUUCUGCUGACCCGCAAAGUGAGUGGGGAGCCCCCCUUUGGAAACUGUGUCCUCAGAGACUGCUGCUUCUCAGACCUCGACCUCUGCUCUGUCAUUCCACAACUCAGCACCUGGGACCAGCGAAGGACCUUUCUCCUGGGCUGCCUGAUUGAUGGAGGAGCCUUACCCGAGGGUCUCCAAGAAAGGCCUCUCUCCGUGUGCCUCCAACAUGAGGACUUUGAGUUGGCUUUUGUUCUGCUGAGCAGGGGUGCAGAUCCAUGCUGUAUCUCUCUCAUGGAAGGUGACACACCUCUGCAUGCAGCACUUCACAUUUUUUUAGACAUCCAAGUUAACAUCGGCUUUAACUUCCUCAGCCACCUAUUAAAUCUAUUCUGGUACAACCCCAUUGAAUUUUACUACCUUAAUCCCAAUGUCCAAGAUAGCAAUGGGAACACUCUGAUGCACAUCCUCUUCCAGAAGGGGAAGACGAAGCACACUAAGAAGCUGAUAGAGCUACUAGCAAGGUUUGACAUUAACUUCAACCUGACAAACAGAGAAGGUAAAGAUGCACGCCACCGGAUCAAGAAGAACGAUUCUUUGCUCUUGACUUGGAACAAAGCAGUGAUGGAGAACAGGCGGAAGGUCCGGCAGGACCGUGUUGCUCAGCCCCCGGGAAGGUUCUUGAGAGCUACCACCCCUGGACACAUAUCACAAUUCAAAUCCCAGGACAUAUUCAAGUCACUUCCAUGCAUGGCCACAUCCCAGCCUGAAAAGGCUGAAGUCCCAGUCAGCAUGGAGAGCCUGCCUGAAGCCCAGGAGGCUGGAGACACUGGCUCCUGCUCUGUGAAAGAUCGCCUUGUGCAGGACAUCAUAGUUUUGAUUCAACAGGUUGAAUGGGAAAUGUCCCUGCCAGAGGACUGUUUUCAAACUUCCAAGUGUCUCAAGGCAGAUGCAGGCACAGAAGUAAAGAGAAACAAGCUCCAGAAAACCCUGGUGUCUGAGGACUCAAACAGUAGUGAAGAUGACCCCACUGUUCUCAAGACAGUGGGAGGCUUUGGCCAGAUAUGUUCUGGAGUCUCUCAGCUCCUUCCUGCUUAUCUCCCAGGGAGGGAAGGCAAUGAGGACCAGGACAACUGGAGUGCACAAGACAUUGAGUCCUGUCUCCAGGACUUCGAAAACAUGACAUGGGAGAUUGAGUGCACCUCUGAAAUGCUCAAUAAGCUGUCCAGCAAGGUCAUGACAAAGGUUAUCAAGAAGAAGGUUAUCCUGAUUAUACAGCAGCUGGGGAAUGGUGAGUGGACUCAGAGCCUGCACAAGCGGCUAAAACACCUCAAGGGAAGCAUCCAGCUCUUUGAGGCUAAGCUAGACAAAGGAGCCCGGAUGCUGUGGGAGCUGGCCAUUGACUUCUCUCCAUGUUGCAGUGAGAACCCAGAGAAGAUCUUUGCCACAGAACGAAGUAUUCCAUCUAUGGAAAAGUCAGGACGAGUCUACACAGAAAUCAUUCGGAUCUGGGACAUUGUGCUGGAUCACUGCAAAUUGUCAGAUUCCAUUAAAGCCAUCUGCAGUGCCUAUGACCGGGGCUUUUCUUGUAUCUUGCGAAAGAAGCUGAAGGGCAUCAACAAAGGCCAGGUGUAGGCUAAUAAGAAAAUCCAGAAACGGAUCCCUCGCUGCUAUGUGGAGGACAUGGAGGCAGAGAGGAGAAUAGAGCACAUGGAUUCUGAAUACUUCCCUCCAGCCAGUUCAGUGGAGACAGAAUAUAACAUCAUGAAGUUCCACAGCUUCAGCACCAACAUGGCAUUCAACAUCCUCAACGACAUGAAGGCCACAGUGGAGUAUCCCUUCCGUGUGGGUGAGCUGGAGUAUGCUGUCAUCGACCUCAACCCCAGGCCACUAGAGCCCAUAAUCCUCAUUGGCCGAAGUGGCACUGGGAAGACAACAUGCUGCCUCUAUAGACUGUGGAAGAAAUUCCAUGUAUACUGGGAGAAAGCUGAGCAGGCAGGAAGUCCACUGCUGACCAAACCAAUCUUGUCAAAGAGAAAGUCAGAAGUGGAAGCCAGAAGGGAAGGUCCAGGUACAGAGGAAGAGGAAGAGGAUGAAGAAGAGGAAGGCUCCAUUGAAGUGGAAAUAUCAGACAGCAUAGAUGAAGAACAGGAGAGUGAAGCCAGGGCAGAGGAGAGUAGAGGGGAGCAGACAGGGCACAGCCAAGAGGCGGAAGUAUGUGCUGACCAGCUACCCCAACAGCUGGAGCAUUUGCAUCAAAUCUUUGUGACUAAGAAUCAUGUCUUGUGCCAGGAGGUGCAGAGGAGUUUCACUGAACUUUGCAAAUCUACCAAGGCCACUAGUCACUAUAAACCCUUAGAACCCAACACCUACAAACUCCAGGAUCUACGGGAUGAGAACUUUCCUCUGUUUGUCACCUCAAAGCAGCUGCUGCUCCUCCUGGAUGCUUCUCUGCCCAAUCCUUUCUUCCUGAGGAAUGAAGAUGGAAGCCUGAAAAGAACUAUUGUUGGGUGGUCCACCCAGGAUGAACUGAUCAUUCCCAGUUGGCAGGAGGAUGAAGAAGAGGUUGAGAUGGAUGGGGACUAUGGGGAAGAGGACAAAGCCACAGAAUCACGUGCCAGUGAGAGUGACCCCCGAGUGUAUGUGACAUUUGAGGUGUUUACCAAUGAAAUAUGGCCCAAAAUGAUCAGAGGAAAAACCUCCUAUAACCCCGCACUCAUCUGGAAAGAAAUAAAAUCUUUUCUGAAGGGGUCUUAUGAAGCCCUCAGUUCUCCCAAAGGAAGUCUCACAGAGGAAGCAUAUAAGAAAUUAGGACGGAAACGGUCCCCCAGUUUUAAAGAAGACUGGAGCAAGAUCUAUAGUCUCUUCUGCCUCUAUCAACAGAUACGAUCUCAGAAAGGCUAUUUUGAUGAAGAAGAUGUUCUGUACAAUCUGUCCUGGAGGCUGUCCAAGCUCAAGGUGCUCCCGUGGUCCAUCCAUGAGCUGUAUGGUGAUGAGAUUCAGGACUUCACCCAGGCUGAGCUGGCACUGCUGAUGAAAUGUAUCAAUGACCCAAAUGCCAUGUUCCUUACUGGGGACACAGCUCAGAGUAUUAUGCAGGGUGUGGCCUUCCGCUUCAGCGACUUGUGCUCUCUGUUUCACUAUGCCAGCAGGAACACCACUGACAAGCAGUGUUCUGUCUGGAAGCCCAAGAAGAUCCACCAGCUAUACCAGAAUUACAGGUCUCACUCAGGAAUCCUAAAUCUGGCCUCUGGAGUGGUGGACUUGCUUCAGUUCUACUUCCCGGAGUCUUUUGAUCGCCUUCCUAGGGAUUCUGGCCUCUUUGAUGGUCCCAGACCCACAGUGCUGGAGUCUUGUAGUGUAAGUGACUUAGCAAUUUUACUCCGAGGGAACAAGAGGAAAACGCAGCCCAUUGAAUUUGGAGCCCAUCAGGUAAUCCUUGUAGCUAAUGAAACUGCAAAGGAGAAAAUUCCAGAAGAGCUUGGAUUGGCACUUGUGCUAACAGUUUAUGAAGCAAAAGGCUUAGAAUUUGAUGAUGUCCUUCUUUACAACUUUUUCACUGAUUCUGAGGCUUACAAAGAAUGGAAGAUUAUUUCUUCAUUUACACCUUCAUCAUUAGAUUUUCAAGAAAACCAGCCACUGAUUGAAGUGUCCCUGGAAAAGCCCAGCUCCUCCCAGGGCCGAACUCUUGCGGUGAAUCCAGAAAUGUACAAGCUCCUUAAUGGAAAACUGAAACAGCUGUACACAGCCAUCACGAGGGCUCGGGUAAACCUCUGGAUCUUUGAUGAAAACCUGGAAAAACGAGCUCCCGCUUUCAUGUAUUUUACUAGAAGAAAUUUUGUCCAAGUCGUGAAGACAGAUGAAAAUAAAGACUUUGAUGAUAGCAUGUUUGUUAAGAUCUCAACUCCUGAAGAGUGGAUUGCUCAAGGUGAAUAUUAUGCUAAACACCAGUACUGGAAG